AUGCACUCAUUCAUUAGUGCCAGGUCUGCUUUGGCUGUUGCAUUUCUCGCCGUUGUAUUUCCUGUCGUCACGCGUGCGUUCUCGUCUCCGAUAUACCUCAUCCUCCUUUCUCCUGUGAUCAUACUUUUUGUGGCGAUCUCGUGUUUUGUCGCGAACAUUCUCGUCGGAGUUGCCUUGGACAGGCAACCAGUUCAUAGGAACGCGCUCAUACAUGCAGCUAGACCUCUUGCCUUCUCAACUCCCGCAGCAUGGCAGGCAGUCCUCACUCGUUCUAACUGGUCGCAGAAAACUCCACAAUCAUUGUCACCUUUGUACCCUGACCUACCUGUUGUGUCAUCUACCCUCAACGAUAUCAUGAUUUUCGUCGUACGCGACUUCGUGCUCACCUGGUACAAAGACAUAUCACCAUCCCCUUCCUUUCCUACGGCAGUUUCUUCAGUACUUCAUGAUUCCCUUGAGCGGCUUCUACAAACAACCGCAACUGUUGACCUUUCUGCUCUCCUAGUAAAGCGAAUUUUGCCCAAAGUCACUGUGCAUAUUGAGCAAUUCCGCCAAUCGGAGGUCACACUUCGCGGUGCAGCCCUGGAACGUCGUCUCACGCAAUCCGAGGAGUUGGAUAUGUUGUUGGCAAGUAGAUACGCUGGCAAGGGCAGCAAACUACAUCCUGCAGUGGAGAAUCUGUCUUCUACAUUUACGAAACAGAACGAAGAAAUACAUCUCAGAACAAUUGCGGAGCGGAUGCUCUCGCAUGUUCUUCCGGAACAGGAGGCCCACAGUAAGGUUCUGAGAGUAGUUGUCCGAGAAAUCUUAGUAUGCGCGGUGCUGUAUCCGAUCAUGGAUAUGGUGAGCGAUCCUGAUUUCUGGAAUCGGAUGAUUGAGCAAGUGGCUGGCGCCGCAAUACACCAGCAGAAACUCAUAUCUCAAGUGAGAAAUGUUUUAGAAGCACAAUCACCCCGCCGGCACAACCGGCUUCCUUCAACAAUUUCAACUGGAGACACCAUCACGGUUAGAACUGAUAUGCGACAGUUUGAGUCGUUCCUCCGGAGUAUCAAUCGUUGUUCGUCACUUCUGGAUGCUCGUCGCCUGAAGAAUGAUAUCAUGGGAGAAAUUCGGAGAACGAGGUUACUUCUUGCUAAUCACGAGAAGGAGGAUUGGAUAAGUGGCGAGAAGACAGAAGACGUAGUAGCUUUCCUUGACAGGCUUUAUACUGCCAAAAGGACUGUCGAACAACGAAUAGUAAUCUUGGGUGGCGAAGAUUCGAAGUCAGCUGCCUCGCCUGAGUCUGGUUUGCGGACCCAAGUCGCUCUACGUGACAUCUUGAGCAACCCGACAUCACUGUCCUACUUCAUGGAGUUUAUGGAUCGUCGGCACCGCUCACUCCUGGUUCAGUUUUGGCUAACAGUAGAAAGCUUCAAAAACCCAUUGGAGUCAAUAGACUCAAGCUCAUCUGGGGAUGAAGAUGAGCCUUUACAAGGUCCUUCAAGCUCCUCGACGCUCAAAGAGGACAUUUCAAUGAUUAAGGAUCUUUACUUCUCCGUCACACCACCUCAUCCUGCUUUAUCAUCCAUCUCUAAGAAGUACAUCGAUAUGAUACGCUCUUACGCACAAAGUGAGAUCCCUCCGGGACCUUUGGAGGACAAGAAAGUUCGUCGUAGCGUCAUGUUGGCGCAGAGACAGGUUGAACAGGCGAUGGAACAAGACUUUGAGGACCUUCAGAGAUCUGAACUGUGGUUCCGAAUAGUCGAGGAUUUCAAUCGGGCUAGUGCUAAAUUGCUGGAGCCCCCUGCAGGUCGUAUCCCAGUACGUUCGAUGUCACCCCCGCCACUGCCGGUGUCACGUCCUCUCGGCAUUGGAUCUGUCCACAUCUUCCGCUCUGAAUCUUCCCCUUCCUUGAGCUCUGUGAUUCAGCGCAUAGAAUACCCACGGACGAGUCCACCCACUGCUCCACGGACCAACAUUGAUGUGCUCAUGUCUCCGGUUUCAGAUACAUCAUCAAAUACGUCCAGAGCUCCUCUCUUCGAUGAUCCAGAAGAUGCCCAAAGCGCAGAUGAAGCAGAGAGAAUGAGAGCCAUCCAGGCCGCGCUAACGGACAUCAUUGCCACUGAGCAACUUCCCCACAGUUUCCUCCCUCGAAGCCAGGACAGAGGCAGGAAUCGCCACCUCAGCGCGACUUCACUCGACAACAAGAAGGACAUUUUCGGUGAAGAAGAAGAAGAUAUGAUCGACGAAGAUGACGACAGAGCUGAAGGUUCUGUGGAUACGGAACAAGGAGCAUUUCAGCUAGCCGGCCCUGGAGACCUUCAGCUCUCGUACGAGAUUGCACGCCUUGGUGAUAAGAUCACCAAACUGGAGGCCCACGAUGCCAUGCUCGACACGCUUAUCAAGAAAGCAGAGCUAACAGGCGACGCUCAGGAACUGCGUUUGCUUCAAAAAUCAAAGUCGUCUAUGACCCGCGAACUUCGAGAGUUGCGUUUCCAGAAGACCCAGUAUGAACAGCAAGAAUCCGCAAACCGUCUUGUCUCCCAUCGAACGAAGGUUUCUAUCGUUAGUUCGACAGUGGGAGAAGAAGAGGGGAAAUCCGUAGUGCGAUACCUCGUUGAGGUCCAGCAGCUUGCACCCGACGGAACAUUUGCCUCUGGGUGGGUUGUUGCAAGGAGAUACAACGAGUUCCUUAGGAUGCAUAACAAACUGCGCGAUCGGUACGCGCUUGUCAAGGGUCUCGAUUUCCCAGGCAAGAGGCUUGUUGCUUCGCUGUCCGGCAGUUUCGUAGACACAAGGAGACAUGCGCUUGAGAAAUAUUUGCAGAAUCUGAUUGCUAUACCUGUCGUCUGCGAAAGCAAUGACCUUCGCGCAUUUCUGUCCCGCGAUUCACCAUUCAUUGCGUCCGAAGUCCAAGAGGAUGUCCCCAAAGGAACCGCUGGCUUCUCAGGGAAAAACCUAGUUCGAUCUGUUUAUCGCUCAGUGGCAGAGAGCAUUGAUGAUAUGUUCUUUGGCCCGUCAAUUCGGGAUCGGCGGUUCACGAUGAGGACCCUCGUCGCUCAGGCACUGAAAGCGUUUGGGAAGUCUACGUCGGAGGACACGUUCAUGCACAUGUCUAGUGACUUGCGUCCUUUGGAAGGAGAAACUAGCACGUCAACGUUCUCUGCUCCUAUAUGCGACCUUGUCCUUGCUAUCUUUGAGCUCAACAAGAAGGACAACUGGCUCCGGCGACAAGCGAUUGUGAUCAUCCUCCAGCAAGUACUGGGUGGCACCAUCGAGCGCCAAAUCCGCCAAAGUAUCAAGUCGUUGUUUGAAGAAAGUCGCAUUAUGCCUAUCUUGGCCUUUUUCAAAGAUUCUCUUUGGCCAGGUGGUAAGCUGAAACCGCCUGGUCAACCACGGUCAACCGAGGAGGUAACACGUAGUCGCGACGAAGCAAACCGCAAGCUCUCCGCUUUAGUGCCAGAUCUUGCUGCCAACAUGAUAGGUCGGUCAAACGCUCGGCGAGGAGCAAGACGAAUAUUUGCCGUCCUGCAGAACAAGCGCUUGAACCAACACAUUGCCUACACCAUCGUCGACGAGAUUGUCGCUGCAAUGUUUCCUGAGCCCUGACAUCUGAAAACUUAUAUUAAUAAAUAGUUUUGUUUGAUACUAGUUAUCGUGGAAGGUAGAUUACUUUGUUACCACUGUUGUACGAUCCGUUAACCCAAUACCAAAAGGCUAGCCUGUUGGUUCCAUCUUGUUGGUUAGGCUAGCUUGGUCAGCUACUGUUGUGUCGUCUUCCUUGAGCUCCGUAGUUUCAUAUGAUUCUAGGGUUUGAGGCACCGACGAAUCUCCUUCGUCAGCUUCCUUCUUCCGUCGUUUUGAUUGUCGAUGAGAUGACACUUUGGAAGCAUUCGGGUCAUCAUAU